AUGGAAUGCUUACGUUUGCAACGAAUAUUCUUUGUGCUCCAAGCCCAUAACGAACGUUCCAAUCAUGCCAUAUAUGUAUGUAGUAUUGUGAGUCCUUAUCCUUCCAGCUCGUUUGAACAGUUUUGUCUGUCAUGCAAGAAUCAUACCCGAUUUAUCCCUUUGACGUUCCUCCUGGGUUUCUACGUGUCUCAGGUGUUCUCGCGUUGGUGGAUGCAAUUUUCCUCAUUAUGUGGUCCAGACACGAUUGCCAUGAAAUUAGCCAUCUAUUGUCCUGGCGAGAAAUCACGAGAGUUGAAGCGCAACUUCAUGCGAUACAUUAAUGCGGCUUUCGUGAUCACUCUUCGAGCCGUUUCCAAACGGCAUCGCAUCGUUUUCCAGAUUUGGCGAGCAUGGUCAAACAAGGUUGCCAAUUUCAAUAGUGCCAAUGGAAGAAUCACGGUCAUCGCUUGGGUCAACAUGCCCCUGGCGUACACUCAGGUUCUGAAUCUGUUCUCACUGAUGUAUGAUCUCAAAACGUAUGUUAUAACAACAGAGAUAUUUAUUCUAGAUGGUGACGAUCGCGGUAGAGGCCUAUUUGUUCUGAUCCUCUUCGCUCGUCAAGUUUUGGCUCCGGCUUCCGAGAACUUUGAGACUUUGGGCCUGAAGAAUAACCAACAAACCGAAUGGUACACUGUGAUCAUUGUCCUUUUCGAAUUCUUUUUUUACCAAGGCUGGCUGAAGGUGGCUGAAUCGAUGUUUAAUCCCUGGGGUGAAGAUGACGAUGAUUUCGAGGUUGGCUAUCUAUGGAUCGGCAUUUGGACGUCUCUAUGUUCACCGUGGACUUCGACUACAUCAAAGCCCAACCCGAUCCUUUGGCCGAACUCUACCAAUGUUGCCUUACGAGAAAAAAUUGCCAUCAUCGAAAAUAAUGGCGACCCUUUUCCCUCGCCUAAAAUGAAAGCUUUGGAUUUAAAGAAUGGAAAUCAAGCUUUGUACUACGAUCCCAAAAAGGAAUCCAUCGAAAUGGAAGAAAUCGGAGGCGAUGAGAAAGCAUAAUUGUCUUUAAGGACGCUUUAAGUCAAGACACAUACCUCGUGAAUCAAUUUUCAUACCACGUGUAAAAAUCUGUUGCAUUUUACGCUUUAUCGUUUUCAGCCACGAGUUUGAUUGACCCGAUGGCAUUUUAACCAACCUUUGAAUUAUGGUAUUACUAGCUUACUCCUACAAGCAAAUGAGCUUAAAACUAACCACGAUAUUGAUAAUUUGUAUUAACGAAUGAGUAAUAUAAAAAGGUAAUGCUCCGUCCGAUCGAGAAGAUGUUGUCAUUAUCGGAUCAACCGCUCUCCGCAAUGUACGUUGAUGUAAAAUAAGAAUAAAUUUGACGGAAAUCCAA